AUGUUGGAACAAGAACGAGUCAUCGCACUGAUCGGAGGUUCUCAUUCCUUACUCAAUGCUCAGUUGGAGCGACUAACAGAUCAGCUUGAUAUCCCGCUGCUGACGGCAAGUGACGAUGUGGAGCUGAGCGCAGGAAAUACAAAGAUCACUUUUUUUCCUCGAGCCCAACUUCUGGAGGCAAUCGUGGAUCUGUUCCGAUACUGGCGAUGGAAUCGCAUCACAUUAGUGUACGAGGAAGACCAUCGGAUCCGCCGAUUUGAGCCAUUGUUGACAGCCGAUACGUUUUCACAUAUUCGAUUCCAAGUGAUUAAAGUGCAGCGUGGAGAUUACAUGACGGCUGCGAGAGAGGUGAAAGAAGUGGGAGAAUGCCGAUUUCAAGCCAGGAAGGACUGCAGCGAUUUCAAUCGAGUGCUGCUUGAUUUGAAUCCCGAACACACUUACAAUUUCCUACUAGCGGCACUUAAAAUGGGUCUCAUCGAUCUCAAACACUGGUUCCUCAUGACAAAUAUGGAGCUUUCAUCAAUGGACAUGGAGCUAUUUCGUCAUAAUCAUGCUCGAUACGUAUCCCCUUAUCCAGUCGACGCGACUUUUCUACUUGAAAACGGGCACAUUUUCAAUUUUACUGAAUUCCAACAAUAUGUUCGUCGAAAAUGGAAUUCUAAAACGAGGUUCAAUAAGAACCUGAAAAUGAUGGAAGCAGUUUUCACAUUUGAUGCGAUAUACACGUUCGCCAACAUAUUCUCAGAAGUAUCAUCAACGAUGACGCUGGACGAUUUUCCUGCUACAAAGUGUCGUAAACCAACCCGAAAUCCGACGAGAUAUCAGCAUGGACGUAAGCUCAUCGACAAUAUACUGAAUAACAAUUUGCGUGGCCUUAGCGGUAAUUUACGACGACUAAAUGGACACACUUCGAGCAGCAACUAUUCAAUGAGGAUUCAACUUAUCGGCUAUAACGGCAAUGUUGAGGAUAUUGGUUUCUGGAAGCCGGCAACUGAAAUUCACGUCAAUAUGAGUGGUGAUUCACGUGUUCAACUACAGAAGAACGUCCAGGUUUCCGACGAGUUAAAACCACAUUUUCGGGUGACCACAAUCAUGGAACGCCCAUAUGUUAUGUUAAAGAAAAAUUAUAAUGGGCAUUAUGCAAACUCGAAGUUUGAAGGAUUUUGUAUCGAUCUUCUUGCGGAAUUAUCAGCAGAUCUCGCGGAUGGAAAGUAUGGUAACGAUGUGUAUGGUAAUGGAUCAUGGGACGGCAUGAUUGGUGAAAUACUUCGAGGGGUUCCGGAUGAUUAUCAACCCGACCUGUUCUCGUUCCUCAAUCCGUUAAGCUGGGAAAUUUGGAUGGCCAUCCUUGCCGCGAUUGUUUCGCGUGUAACGCCCUACGAAUGGAAUUUGAACUUCUCGUGCUGCACGGCUCAUCAGCCGCAUCCUGGAGCGGCAUUCGCUGAUUCACCUGUAGAGCUGUCGAAUAACUACAGUUUCUGGAACACAUUGUACGUAACGAGCACAAUGCUGAAAGGUGGAUGCGAUUUUGGUCCAAGAGCUGUGUCAACCAGACUAUUGGGAGGUACAUGGUGGGUAUUUACGUUAGUGAUUAUCAGUGCCUACACUGCGAAUCUCGCUGCGGUGCUUACCGUAUCUCGACCGUUCAUACCAAUCAAGAACAUCGACGAUCUAGCCAAUCAGAGUGCUAUCUCAUACGGUACAAUAAAAGGAGGCAGUACUAUGCAGUUUUUCCAGGAAUCGAAGAUCAGUUCACAUAUGAAGAUACGAAAUUUCGCCUAUCUUAUGGAGUCGACUUCACUCGAAUUUGAAAUCUCACAGAACUGUAACCUUACCCAAAUCGGAGGAGUCUUAGGUUCUAAGGGUUACAGUAUAGCACUGGAUAAAAAAUCAGAUUGGACCGAUCGAAUAUCACGUCAAAUACUGCUGUACCAAAAACGAGGAAUCAUUGAAAUGAAGAAAGAAAAGUGGUGGAGAAGCAAAGGAGCCGCCUGCACCGGAACAAGUUCGGCCGUCAAGCAGCAAAGGUUUUCACUAAGUCUACAUAACGUAGCUGGUUUGUUCAUCAUCCUUGGCGCAGGGCUUCUAUUUGGCAUAGUAACAGUCGUCGUUGAGCUGAUCAUCAGAUGCAGGCAGAUUGCUAAGAAAGAAAAUACUUCAUUUUGGACUGAAUUUGUUAACGAGCUGCGCUAUGCUGUCAAUCUCAACAAAAUCGCAGAUCAUCGCUCCCGAAGGAAAAGUGUUAAAAAGAAUGAUACUACUUGA